AUGACCAAUAUUGAAGCUGCUAAGAAGUUGGCUGCAUACAGAGCCGUUGAUGAGAACCUCCCACCACACGCAAAAGUCAUUGGAAUUGGAUCAGGUUCGACUGUGGUCUACGUUGCGGAACGUAUUGGUCAGUUGCCAAACAAAGACGACUUUGUUUGCAUUUCCACCGGUUUCCAAUCCAAACAACUCAUUAUUGAUAAUGGAUUGAAGUUGGGACAAAUUGAGCAACAUCCAUCGAUUGAUAUUGCUUUCGAUGGUGCUGAUGAAGUUGAUCCACAGUUAAAUUUGAUUAAAGGCGGAGGUGCCUGUUUAUUCCAGGAAAAGCUCGUUGCGUCUGCAUCGGAUAAAUUGAUCAUUGUUGCUGAUUUUAGAAAGCAAUCCAAACAUUUGGGACAGAACUGGCGUCAAGGUGUGCCAAUUGAGGUUGUUCCUAUCGCAUUUACAAAAUUGAUAAACGACUUGAAGAGAUUGGGUGCCAAGAGUGUCGAUUUGAGACAAGGUGGAAAGGCUAAAGCAGGACCCGUGAUUACUGAUAAUAAUAAUUUCAUAUUGGAUGCUGAUUUUGGAAUUAUUGAGGAUCCAAAGAGCUUGCAUUUGCAAUUGAAGCAAUUGGUUGGUGUGGUGGAUACUGGGUUGUUUACCGGAAUCACUGAAAAAGUUUACUUUGGAGAAGAGUCGGGUGAGGUGACGACUUGGGAUGGAGUAGUCACUGGUUCGACUACUGAAGAGGUUAUUGCUGAGUCCAAAUAA